UGGCGUACACCACCAUGAGUCAGAGGUUCCUCUCAAGCGACUACUAAACGAUGAUACGACGAAACCGAGAUGAUGCACGAUGCAUAUUAUGGAAGGCCGACAUGUCUUUGCAUGGCAGGUAUGACGGACGAUGCUUACGAAUGGGCGAAGCAGUUGGGCUCGCAUGACGAAGGCGUUUUCAAAAACUGAUCAGCAACGCUCGAGACGGCAAUAUCUACAUAUUGGCCGCGUAUUACUCAGCGGCAUGAUGGGUCUAGGUCCUGCCCAUGGCGACAGUCUUUCUUCGACAACAGUACUCUGCGUGGAACCGGGAGAUCACGGGCCAUUGGGAGUAUCACGGCUAUACAACUUUGAACAAGCAGCGACGCCGGCCCUGACACAUCAUGGCUCGUUUAAGGUUCCACAACGGGGCGAGGAAGGGGACACGGCAAGAAGUUGGAAAGACGGGUGCGGGAGGCAUCGAAUGCCCGACUUCAUGUUCAGCGGUUGCACGGGCAGAAAGGGAGCACGACGUCGCAUCUGCGGACACCGAUUAUGCCUUUCGGAGAUUUACUAUGCCCGGAAAGGGGCAGCACGCAAAAGAAAAGAGCCAACAAGACGAGUCUCUUCACGAAUUUGAGGCGAGGCAAAACAUUCAGACAUGAUGGCGAGGUAUCGUGAUAUUCUAACGAACUCGAAUUAUACGGCAUUUGCCGAGUCGCUUCGCAUUACACAAAAGGAACAGUGAGCCUACUCUGGAAUACAGAACGACAUUAUUCAGUGCUUCGUUCGCCUUAGGGUGAAUACCUCUUUGGACUCAAGCAUGUGACCGGCCUUUCAUCUUACACAUCAAGAACUGAGC